AUGGAGUUGGAGUUGCCUAGUCGUUUAUACGGUGAGGGGUUGGAACCUCAGGUUAAGAAGAUUAAUAACAGCUGCCGACUAAAACUUCUCGAGUUGCUGAAGGAAAAAAUAGAGCCAGAAUUCGAUGAAGUUAUGAAAAAUCCCAUUUUUUCGCAUAUUAUGGUUAUCCAGAAGAAUGAUCUGAAGUUUUCGGCGAGGUUGGUACACUCUUUCUUGUGUAAGGAGUUGUUGACAAGCAAGAGACAUGAGAAGUGGUUCACUUUCGCUAGGAGGCCUCUGCGUUUUGGAUUGAAAGAGUAUCAUGAUGUCACUGGUCUGAAAGUGAAUCGAGAGAAGAACAGUGGGUUAGUGACAUGGAAAGAUGAUGAUGGUUUUUGGAGCAAGCAGAUAAAGACAAAUGGAAAAAUAAAUUUGUUGAUCAUAAAAAAGAAGCAUUUGGAAGAGAGCAAUACUUGGACUUGGGGUGAUAGGGUGAGACUGAUAUAUCUUUGCGUUAUUAUGGGUGUGGUGAUGGGGAAGGAUGAGAAGGUGAAUAUCCCGCAUCUAUUGAUAACAAGGCAUAAAUUAGAGCAGAAGGAGGGGUAUCUGAUGGAAGGAUUCUUGUUUGGUUUCCAGAUUUGGAUAAAGGAAGUUGUUCCUGCUUUAGAAGAGAUUUGUGGCACAAAAGGGAUUUUGCAUUCAUUCAUGGAAUCCCACAUAGAUGGAGUGGUCCUUUUGGCAACUGAUUUUGUACAAAAGGAUGAGAAGAAAGAUGAAAGAGUGGAUCACAUUUUGGAUAUGAUCAAUAGAAAACAUGAUUGGAACAAUCAUGUUUGGGGAGUAAAAGAAGCUACGAGCUCCGAAUUUGAGGAAGCUGGCGAAGAAAAAAGAGAGGAUCAAACAGCUGAUACUGAGCGGGGUGAGAAUAGUCAUGUUGCAGAGAAUGUUGAUGGCACAGCUGAUGUUUCGGGAAGAAACAAGAGAAAGCAUGCGGACCGAGGAGCAGAGUCAAGGAAGAAGAAUGUCUUGUGCCAGCUAGCUGCUUCAUCAAAAGGGAAUAUUGACACAUAUAUGAAAAACUUCUUGGAGGGUCUGGUACAAGCUUCUUUUACUACUUUUGGGGAGAAAUUAUGUCAGCAGUUCUCGGACAGGUUGGGGAAGAUUGAGACUGAGGUUACACAACUCAGGACAGCUUCGGAGAAAACUGAGCAGUUUGAGACAGUUGUAACCGACAGGUUGGGGAGAAUUGAGGCUGAGGUUACACAGCUCAGGACAACUUUAGUGGUGACUGAAUUGGUGGGAAAGAGUGAUCAAGCAAGCGGUCCUAGCAUGACCAAAAUCAACACUGGUCCUAGCACGAGCAAAAAAGGCACAGCUCCAUCAAAGAAAAAGGCUGUAAAAAAACAAGAGUUAAAGACUGCUGAUUCGUGUGUCAAUUUACCUCGUGCAAACGUUACUCAAUCAUCAGCUAGUGAUCUUCGUAUGGGUACACAAGAGUUUUUGGAAAGUUGCAUGAAGAACCUUCCACUAGACACAUUUGUUAAAGGUUUGAAUCCUUCUCAAGCUAAAGUCGAAGACUCAUUGGAUUGGUUGGAACUUCCAAAAUCAUUAAAGAAGCCAGCAAAUUCUUUGGAUUGGUUGGAACUUCCAAAAUCAUUGAAGAAGCCAGCAGAUUCAUUGGAACUUCCAAAAUCAUUGAAGAAGCCAACGGUCCGAUUAGAUGACCGAGAUAUGGAGCUAGACAGCGAAGAUUUCUUUGAUCGCUGCUUGGUGUUUGUGCAUCCUGCAGAUUUUAAGAAGAUGCAAGACUGACAAAAUACACGAACGUAUGUUAUUCCUUUGUAUACUUGAAGCUGCCCCAAUGUCACAAGGAUUUCGCUCGUUCUCUUCACUAGUACUUGCAUCAGUUGGCAUCUUAUUAAGAUCAAUGUCGAUCUUAUUUGGAUUUUCUUGCUUUGCUUUAUAGCUAACACACAAUUGAGUUGACUGAUGCUUCUUACAAAACCCUAGAAAAUUUUGAACUUGCCGUGAGUUUCCAAUGAUCACCGCUGGACAUUCUGAUGAAUUGAUCAACCCAAUAGGAAGGUAACUCAACUCCAAAUCGGCAUCCGUUUCUUCAAAACCAAAAUCCUCUAUAACGUUUUUCUGUAACUGUUCCAGAGAGGACUUCAAUUCCAAAGCAAGUAACCUUCCCCCUUUCUUUUUAUCAACAUUAAAACUCCAACCUGAAGAUACAACCAAUUCUCAAACACCACAUGAAGCAUAGACAUGAAUCAUGGUAAAAAUAAUGUGAAAUUUUUGUGAAAAUUUUGUGAACAAUCAAUAGAAUAUAGAAGACGGCGAAGAAGGUUACCAAGGUUUUUUUUCGUUUUGUUUAGUUCCUUUUUCAUUUUUUUUUAAAUCGAUUUUUUUUACAAAAUAUAAAAGUGAAUAUUACCAAAUAUUUUGUUUCCAUAUUUUUAGGAACUGAUUUCUUAUCCGUAGAAUACAGCUAAUCUGUUAAAAUCGGGUUUUUUUUCGUUUUGUUUAGUUCCUUUUUCAUUUUUUUUUAAAUCGAUUUUUUUUACAAAAUAUAAAAGUGAAUAUUACCAAAUAUUUUGUUUCCAUAUUUUUAGGAACUGAUUUUUUAUCCGUAGAAUACAGCUAAUCUGUUAAAAUCGGUUUGUACAGUUUUUUAGAAUUACAGUAAUGUAUAGAUUUUGAUUUCUACAUGUUUUAAAUUUAUAGUAAAUCUGUAAAAGUCGGUUUCUACGUGUUUUAGAUUUAUAUUAAUGUGUAGAUCUUGAUUUCUAAAGAUUUUAGAACGGUAGGUUAAGUGCG